CACCGCGCCCUCCCACUCCACUCUGCACCUCUCCAUCGCCCCUCCGUCAUCGUUUCCCCGCGGACUGCCGCCUUUAUCAUUUGGCAUGUCUUUCCCUCUCUCUGUAAAUUAUCAUUUGGACGCCUGAGAUGAACCAGCGCCGCGCCUGCACCCUGUGCGCCGCCGACUCGGCCCAUCUCCUCGACUCCGCCAACCCGCCUUGCUCCUCUUCCUCGAUUGUCUGACGCUGCAUCCCAUCUAUCACCACCUUCCGUGACAGAGCGUCGCGGAAGUACAUGCCCGCUUCUUGGACAUGGCUGCCGGACGGACUGUACGAUCGCUUGUUGGCCGGCGAAGGCGCGCAGAUGAGGAAGAAGAGGAUGACGAUGGCCCUGCCGCUCUGGAGGAGGACUCGCAAAGCGAAGCAUCUGUGCUGAGCGACGCCGAGGAUGACGAGGGUGAAGAGGGCAGCGUGGAAGGCCCUCCUGAUACAGAAGCUGGCGUCGCAGCGACUGCCGCAACAGCUCCGAAGGAUCUACCGUCCUCACCGUCUUCCAAGUCGAGGAAGCCCAGGAAGCCACGGAAUAAGGAUGUCAAGAGCGGCAACGAAAGUCUUGCGGAGCCUCAUCAGACCGCAGCGAGCUUCAAACCCAUGGCUGAUACUCGGGCGAUGAUGAACGGGUUGAGCAUUGGUGAAGAUGCGCAGGGCCAGGAUGCCGUUGAUUUCGAAAGUGGGCAGUCGGCUGCUCCUCCGUCAGCCAUACCUUCUGCCCCCAACGGCCACCCUGCCCGAGCUGUGGACCAGCAGAGGCGGGAGCACGAGGAAUACAGAAGAAAGCGGGACGCUGACCCGGCCUUCAUCCCGAACAGAGGAAACUUCUUCAUGCAUGAUACUCGCGGUCAAAAUAAUGGACAAGGGCCUCCGCUACGAGGAGCCUGGCAGGCCCGCAACGUGGAAAGAGGGGCGGAGCAGCCGUGGAAACAUGACCUCCACGAUACCAUCAACGAAGACCCUCAAACCACACCUUCGGCCCAGGUGCAUCCUCACGCCCCUCGGGACGAUCGAUUUGACUCUACCCGUUUGUUCCCGAAGGCUUCAGCCCCCGUGAACCCCGAUCAAAGUCGGAGGGUCUCAUUCUCCACCACCAAACUUGUUGGAACGGUACGCAUCCAAGUGGCCUUGGCCGGAUCGAAAGCCCCCGUCACCUUCUCCGAAGUGCCGUGGAGGCAAUAUACCCGGCUGCCCGACCAUCGACCACCAUUACGACGGGACAAGCCCGUCCGUGUUUCUCUGCCUGGACAUACUCAGCGUUACGUCUUCCCGUCGCCCGAGCGAUCCUUCAUCUUUAUUCCUCGCCAGAACCGUCCGAAUCAAUCCGGCUAUCACCGCGGUUCCUAUCAAAGGAGUGUUGGUGGUCACGGCUACUCUAGCAGACGUACGAGCAUGUACGGUGGCAGCCUAUACUCUGGCAGCGUCGCGCCCAGCCGGCGCUCUUCCAUGGCCGGGAUCGCUCGCGAGGCAGCCUUCUCACCGGUGAGUUCCAUAGCGGGCAUGGGAGCCAGCAGAUCCCGAAUCGGUCAAGGCUCCCAGCAGUUCUCCGGCGUCUCGACCCCCAUCGGCCCGCUGUCUGGCCAUCAAACGCCCAUCGGUAUGAUGCAGAUGCAUUCGUACCCACCGCCUCAACAGCCGGCGCAUUUUGGCACUCCGACAACGACAGUCCACCAACCUCGUCCGCAAAAAACAAUCUCUGUCAGUGGGAUCGAGCCUCCCCCUUCACAGCAGGGAGACGCACAGCCGUUCCGGAAUCAACUACCCGCUCACAUGCAUGAGUUGCAGCAACCGGCGCCGCCGCCGGCACCAUAUUUUUCCCCGCAGCACCUCGUCUCGCCACCGCAACUGCAAGCCGGUACGCCGCUGACGGGCAUUCCCGAGCAAGCAAUCCACGCACCCACCUUUCAGCCACCGCCCUUUGGGCAAGCCGCUUACUACGCGCCGUAUGGAGCGCCGCCGCCGCAGACUUAUUACUAUCCCCAAUCUGCUCCUCAUAGCUACGCGCAAAUGCCCAUGUAUCCGAUGGGUGCACAGCAUGGCUACAUGGUCGGUGCGCACGGCCAACAGAUGCCUCAGCAGCAACAUCCACAUCACCACCAACAUUCACUACCCCAACCAUCAUCCUCUGUGCCCAACGAUGUCCAGCGAGCUCCGUCAGGCAUGGUGGCGCACGAGAGUAACGGCAUGGUGUACUAUGUGCCUGCAUCGGAGGCGCAGCAAUCAGAACAGUAUCAACCGGCGGAAGGGUUUGUUCCGACAUAUGCGAUGCCCGGUCUGCCACCGCCGACUCCUGCGCCGGAAGGUUCGAUGGAGUACUACUAUCCGCCUGUGCGAUCGGGCGGACAGGAUGGCGCGUACUUCUCCGGACAGCCGCAGCAGUGA